GAUCCGUGAUUCUGUGCUCGGGCUGGGUUUGGUGCAUUUUCUGAGAGAGGUCGGCUACUGGUACAGCGUGUCCUGAGAGAGAGAGAGAGAGAGAGAGAGAGAGAGAGAGAGAGAGAGAGGGAGACCGGAGGGGGAAACGGUGAAAAUGUGACGUUAACCGUUAACCGUUAUCCGUUAACCGUUACCGUCCAGGGAACGGCUAAUGUGUCCGUUAAUGGAUGGACGGGUGGAUGGAUAGAUGGAGAAAGCGGCUCUGCUGAGGAGGAGUGACCGCCUGUGGUGAAGCCUAGCCCGGGCUGUGUGUGAAGGGAAGCCUGGUCCUAUCAUUAACGGGCUGGAUGUAGUGCCUGUUCAGGAGAACAAAUGAGGAAACGUACAAGAAGACAGAUUUAAGAAAACCAACACCAAGAAACAAUGUCUCAACACCUGAAUGCCAAUGUGUGAAGAUCUCACAGUAUGUUGUUGAACUCCAGCCCAGUUCUUGUCCAUGGAAACCUGUGCAAACCUGAGAUGAGCAGAGCUCUCCGCUGUUUAGACCACUUGGCUGCUUGCUUGGGGCGGCGCUCGGCAGCCUGAGCCUGUCGCCACCCCUCCUUCCUGCUGGCCGGCCGCGGGAGCGCGGCAUGGCCUCUCUGGACCUGCCGUACCGCUGUCCUCGAUGCGGGGAGCACAAGCGCUUCCGAAGCCUGUCCUCGCUCCGUGCCCACCUGGAGUACAACCAUACCUACGAGACCCUCUACGUGCUGUCCAAGUCCAACAGCGUGUGCGACGCCGCCGCACUGCUCCCCCUGGUGGCCGACAGCGCCCUGGCCGCUGAGUCCCGCUUUCCGUAUCGUGAGCUUCCCUGCUCGGGUGACGAAUCUUCUUCCGCUGCCGCUCGCUAUCUUCCCAAUGUGGAGUUCCCCCUGGGAGAGAUCCUGGUGAAGAAAGCCAUGAGCUCCGCGGACGCCGGGAAUGCCAACAACGCCGUGGCCGUGGCGGCCAACGUGGCGGCCAGCGCGGUAGAGGCUGCGUACGAGGAGGGCCUGGCCAGGUUAAAGGCCAGGGCUUUUGAGCGCCUGGAGCUGGACGAGAGGCUGGAGAAGUUGUCGGAGGAGGUGGAGCAGAAGAUCUCGGCGCGUGUAGGUCGCCUGCAGGCCGAGCUGGAGCGCAAGAGCUCGGAGCUGGAGAAGGCCAAGGUAGAGAGCGACAGGCUGAGCCAGGAGAAGCAGGAUCUGGAGGACAAGGCCUCAGAGCUCUCACGACAGGUGGAUGUGUCUGUGGAGAUGCUGGCCAGCCUCAAGCAGGACCUGGUCAGCAAGGAGCAGGAACUCACUCACAAACAACAAGAAGUGGCCCAAAUCGACCAGUUCCUGCAGGAGACGGCAGCGCGGGAGGCCAGCGCUAAAGUGCGUCUGCAGCAGUUCAUUGAGGAGCUCCUGGACAGAGCCGACCGUGCUGAGAAACAGCUCCAGAUCAUAAGCAGCUGUGGAACGACGCCCAAUGGCAGCCUGGGACGCUGCAGCCUGCAGGGCUCCAAACCCAACGGACGACAGAGGAACUCCAGCAUCUCUGGAUCCAGGGGGAUGUACCAGGUUUCUGACAGGCGCUCCUCACCCAGCACUGGGGCAUCUGGCCGGGUCAAGUCGGCUUCACAGGGCUCAGUGGCGGGCUACGACAGCGACAGCGUGGACCUGCACGCUCUGGAGGGCAGCCUGGAGGCGCAGUACUACCAUUCUCAGUGCCGCCUUGGAGAGUCUGUGGGCUACGAACGGGCUCCCUCGUCCGGCGGGCAACCUCGCAACUGGGGGCUCCGCAAGCAGGCCAUCCAGAACUGGCAGCGGCGGCCCUACCGCAACAGCACGGAGGGGGAGGAAGGUGACGUGUCUGACGUCGGAUCCCGCACCACCGAGUCAGAGGCAGAACUGUGGGAGCAGGAGAGGAGGGCGUCUGCCGACAGCCAGCAGCACGGGGGGCAUCGUGGAGGGUACCGGUUGGGCACAGGUCGUUCAGAAGCAGGCUACAAGCCCUGCCGUCACGAGAAGAGCCCUUCCAAGUCCAACGAGGUCAUCAGUCCCGAGGUACUGAAGAUGAGGGCUGCACUGUUCUGCAUCUUUACCUACCUGGACACCAAAACCCUGCUGAGGGCGGCCGAGGUGUGCCGGGACUGGAAGUUUGUGGCUCGUCACCCUGCCGUGUGGACCAGAGUGCUCCUGGAGAACGCUCGCAUCUCCUCCAAGUUCUUGUGCACGCUCUCUCAGUGGUGCACGCAGACGCACUCCCUGAUCCUGCAGAACCUCAAACCCAGGCAGAGAGGGAAGAAGGAGACCAAGGAGGAGUAUCUGAAGAGCACACGAGGGUGUCUAGAGGAGGGUCUGGAGGCCUUGUUAAAAGCUACUGGAGGAAACCUGCUGAUCCUGAAGGUGUCUCACUGUCCCAACCUGCUGACUGACCGCUCUCUGUGGCUGGCCAGCUGCUACUGCCGAGCUCUACAGGCCGUUACAUACCGGAGUGCCACAGACCCUGUAGGCCAGGAGGUUAUCUGGGCAUUAGGAGCAGGCUGCAGAGACAUCAUCUCCCUACAGGUGGCGCCAUUGCAUCCCUGUCAACAGCCAGCACGAUUCAGUAACAGAUGCCUCCAGACAAUUGGGCGGUGCUGGCCACACCUACGAGCCUUGGGAGUGGGCGGGGCUGGAUGUGGCAUACAAGGAUUGGCUUCCUUAGCGAGGAACUGCAUGCGGCUGCAGGUGCUGGAGCUGGACCACGUCAGUGAAAUAAACCAGGAGGUGGCUGCCGAGGUGUGCCGGGAGGGCCUGAAGGGUCUGGAGAUGUUGGUGCUCACCUCAACCCCAGUCACUCCCAAAGCACUAUUGCAUUUUAACAGUGUGUGUCGUAACCUGAAGUCCAUCGUCGUGCAGAUAGGUAUUGAAGAUUAUUUUGAAGACCCCAACAGUCCGGAGGCUAGAAAGCUCUUUGACGAGAUGGUGAACAAGCUCCAGGCACUGAAGAAGAGGCCCGGCUUCUCCAAAAUCCUCCACGUGAAGGCCGACGGCUUGUGCUAACCCCACUCUACAGUGAAGGAACCAGCACAGAGUGGGCUGUGAAGUCCUCCAACCUGACCAAGUCAUUAUCUGCUCCCAGAAAAAGGCUGAAACUCCAUCUUCAGUCUCAGCAUCCAUGUCACUGACGAACAGGAAACUCAGUAGUACAGUAUUGAUGAAGACAGAAGGUAUGUGACGUACAUUUGAGGUUCAUCGGACUUCAGACGAAGCUUUCGACGCUGUUCCAGAUGCACAAGCCAAAACAGAUUCAGAUCAUGCGCUGAGUUUCAGUGGACAGGACGUGUUCUCUGACUUUUCCCAGACUUUUCCAGUCUUGAACACAGCUUUGUCUGAGAUCUAUACCUUUAUCACGCCCAUCUUUUCCUUCUUAUAGCACAGCUUACAGCUGCAGUCUGUGAAGAGUGGCCUCUUCUUCCAGCCAAGGAAUAUGAAGGUUUUAACGCUGGCGAACCAUGAAACUCAAGCAGCACAUGAAAUAUAUAUGAACUAUAUAGAUACGUAGUUAAGAAAAGGUACAAACUGAGGAUUUGUGUGUGCAUGAGAAUAAGUAUGUGAGUGUGUGUGUGUGUGUGUGUGUAGUACACAGUUUUGCUUCCUGGUAUCAAGCAAAACUGCAAUUCUUCAAAAUUCGACAUACCAUCACCACCAUUCACCUGCCUGGGUUGGCUUUUUAAAGGCCAUAUUUCUGGAGAACCCACAGCACCAGCGUCCCUCUUAAGGAGAUCUAAGACCCUCAUAUUAGAAUAUUGAGUUUUUGUUCUGUCUAAUCAAAGGAAAUACCAGGAUGUAAGGUAUAAAAGAAUGCCAGCCAGUAUCUAGCAAUCUGCUCCAAUCUGCAAAAUUGGGAACUAUUGUCCAGCAAUUCACACAUUCACAUUCACAUAUCAUAACAUAUCAUGAUGUCAUUAAGGUUCAUUUCUUUGCUUUUUGCCCAAUUCAUGAUCCACCCCUUCUGGAAUGGGGUUGCAUGCAGUAUUCAUGGUGCCCUCUUUUAGGAGGAAACAUUUUAAUUUAUUUUAUAAACGUUAAAUCCAUUGUGCCAUUUUUUUAGGAUUUUAGGUUCAUUUUGAGUUAAUAUGUUUAAAUUCAUGGCACAUAGUAGUCAGAUUUGGUGGGAGUGGUGCCGUCACAAUAUAUUAAGUUCUCAUAAUUUUCUUCAUGUUCUCAAUCCAUUGGAAAUGCCUUUUUUACUAGCUUGCUCAGAGCAUUAGCGUUGGAUAUGGCUACAUGUCAUCAUUGUAUUCUGCCUUUUCCUUGAAUUAUGAGGGUGAUUGCCAUCAUUGGAUUAGUGUAGACUGUUGUUUCUCAGUAUUGGUCAUAAUCCUGUAGGCAUCUGUAGAACCCUGCCCUGCACAUUUUAGUGUGGUCCCUGUCAGAUACAGCGAUUAACAAAAGCACGUGCUUCUUAAUUCUGUGCUUCUGUACACACCCUCUCUCUCAGGCUUCAGCCGCUGAUGGCGAACCAUCGGGACCCAGGAUUUAAACUCAGUCCUCUGGCCAUAGGAUCAGCGACCCCAAAGGGACCCCAAUAGGGAUAACACACUCCCUGAAGCUCCCUUUAAAAGGACUUGUUAAUGAGAUGAUUCAUUGAAGUGGGUUUAUUGGGAACAGGGAAAGCCCCAAAAUGGGCAGGACAGGAUACAUCUAGGACCAGCGUUGAGAAAUAAUGGUUUAAAUUUUAAGAACCCCUCUAGCCCUUAGUGUAGCCCUUGUGGUUAUUUCAAAAUGGCUUUUUUCCACUUUUGAGCCGUUUACUGUCCUUCCAUUUCCAUUCCAAAUGUUCACGAAACAGUAAUCAGUUCUCUUACAUUUAUCUGGACAUUAUCUCGUGAUUGUUAUGGGUAGAGACUGAGUUGAGUUCAGCUGAAUUGAGUUGAGUUAAGUUGAGCAGCUCGCCAAAUCGUGCUUGAUUUUGCCAAGACUCAAGAACAUCAGGAGACAACACUACAGUAUGCCAUAGCUCUGAUGUUCCUUCAGAAACUUGCGAAUGCAAUAAUAACAGAUGCAGGCAAGGGUUCCUACCGCUUUUCUGCACUCUCGGUACUGUACCAGUUACCCAUCAGGCAUUGGUGUUCCCCCUUGGGCCGGCCUUCGAGAUCCAACCUUGUCUACUCCAAGUGCUUUAGUCCAGGGGGAUCACUCUCUAGGUGCAAUGAUGUACUUCCUGUCUUAAAAACAAACAAAAAAAGAAUUGGAGUGGACUGACUGUAUUCUGCUUGCCGAGUUCGUUUGGUUGGUGUUGGAUGGUUGUGGUUGUUGUGGAUGUGGUGUUUGUUGGAGGAACAUGGUGAAUCUCUCCAGUUUACCACAUUGCAAAUUAGGUUGAAGAUAGUGGAGGAGAUUUUGUUGCUCAUUUAACCCCAGAAAACAUGCCCAUGUAGGGCCUAUGAGUAGCUCAACUGGGAAUCAGAAAGUUGGAUCCAACAUGAUGGCCAUCAGGACCAGUGAUGGGACCAGAGGGGUUCAACUUUGGCCCUAUCUAGUUUGAGAUAAAGAUGGGCCAUAACAAUGGAUCCCUUCCAUGAAGACCAACUGCCAGCCAUUUAGUCCACGAGUCCUAGUAACAAAAUAUGAACAAACCCACUCAGAGCCUGUGGUGUCUGGAACCCACCUAGUCCAUGUUCCACCCAUAUGAGCCCCACGUAAGCCUCACAUGAGCAUGUUGGCUGGGCCUUUCCUUUUUUAAUUCUUAUUGAAGUGGAGUUCUACUACUGGAACUGUGCACACCUUCAACAAACAAAGCCCACUCACUUACAUUUUCAGUUCCUGACAAUCUGGUCUCUUGAAGACUUAAAAAAAAAGAAAAGUUGUACAUACAGUAUGCUGUUUAUGCAGAUCUAAGGAAUUUAACGUUAAUAUGUUAAUAUAUUAUUCCAAGGUGGAACCGAAGAGAAAAAGAGCAUAAAAUAAUUUAAGUUCUCUAAACACUCUCUAAACAGUGUUUCCUUUUCUUUUUUCCAAAGUUUCUUCUGUGGUGCCCGGGUUCGACCACAUGAAAUACAUCUUUUAAAGAGUAGCGUGGAAUUUGCAGUACGUCGUGUAUAAUAGAUGCUUUAUAUAUUGAAUGUGUAUCAGAGUCCUAUAGAGAUGGAGAUUAUUUAAAAAGAGAGCAUAAAGUUUAUUUGAGCUAUUUAUUUCUAUAAAAAUAUGUCUAUAAUGAUGGCAUGUUUGUGUUCAAGCAUAAUACAUCAUGUUGCCUUCUUAACUGUUCGACUAUAGUUGCUAGAAUAUUAGAUGUAAGUAAGAGCUUUACUGCUUGCUAUGUUUCAUUUUUAGACUGAGCGAUCUUUGCACCAUACUAUUUAAAAAAAAAAAAAAGAGUCAAAAACAGAGAGAGUAAAAUGCUGAUGUUUAGUAAUAAGGUGUUAUUUGAUGUCACUUUGUUUAAUGUUGAGCUUUUUGCAGUAUUUGACAUACAAUGCACUUUUUUAUCCAAGGUCAUUCCGAGUUCAGUGAUUGCUAUAGUUCCGUAAUGUUCUGUAACAAACCCAUUCUCUCUUCAGUAAUGGCCAUGCAACUCCUUCUGUUACAGUGUUUUUUUCUCUUUUGUGCCAAAAACAUUCAGCGAAAAACUUUUCUGUGAUUGGAAAAGUCAGCUUUAUCUUAACAAACUCUAUGUACCAUGUGUUCCACCAUGACAGCAGGGCCUGCUUUACCCAUAGUAAUACAAAUUAUAUGCUAUUAUCUGCUGUUAAUUACGUUUUCACGGGGUGCCAAGUGGUCCAGCGGUCUAAAGCGCUGCCACUAUGAGCAGGAGGUUGCAGGUUCGAACCAUAGCUCAUGCAGCUUUGCCAUCAAGCUGCCGGCGCUCAGAGGGAGCAAAAUUGGCCCUGCUCCCUCCGGGUGGGUAGAUGGCGCUCUCUCCCCACAUCACUACAGGGUGAUGUCUGCAGCACAGGGCGUCUGUGAGCUGAUGUAUCGGAACCCAGCCGCUGCGCUUUCCUCCAAGCACGCUGUGAUGUUGCUCGGCAAUGCUGCAUCAGCAGCAGCUCGAAAAGAAGCAGCGGCUGACUUCACAUGUAUCGGAGGAAGCAUGUGCUAGUCUUCACCCUCCUGGUGUGUUGGGGCAUUGCUAGUGAUAGGGGGAGUCCUAAAGAGUGGGUUGGGAAAUUGGCCGUGUAAAUUGGGGAGCCAGUGAAUCCAAAUGCAUCACAACUAACCAUUUGAUAUUAUUUGGACAUGCAUUCCCUGAGUGAAGAUAUAAACGUACUAGAGGUCUCCACUUAACACAGUGGCAAGGACACAUCUUUGGUUUGAGUUAACCAGCUCCAGUACAUUCUGUAAGACUGCAGUGCUUUGGUAAACUAGGCCCUGAUUGGUCACUGGUGGACUACCUACUAGAACAAUAUGAUUGUACAGUGGAAGUCCAUUGGGAAAUGUAGGACAGUUGCACAAUAUAAAACCGCACAUUAAAAAAACACUAUUAGUGAAAUAAGUGGAUCUAAGAAAGUUCUGCUUUGUGGGUUUAUUAUUUAACAGUUUGCCUUGGUUUGAUUAGGGGUGUAACGAUACAAAGAAUUAAAAAUGUAAAAUGUAAAACCAGUAUUUAAUGCUGAACAUAAAUGAGUCUUUACGCUAGUAGAAUGGAUCCAAGUGCUUAGUCUUAAUUGUUCAUUAUGGUUUCCACCAAAGACUGUAAAUGACAGACCCUUUAAGUGACCCCAAGUGUGUAUAAGUAAUAUAAUUUUGAACUUGAUUUUGAGACACACUGAAAUCGUUACACCCUUAAAUCCAGGAGAUUUAAGGUGGAAUUAAGGUCAUUCAGUUAGCACUUUUUCGGACAAGUCUUGGUCUUGGACUGUAGUUGAUCCCCCCACUGGAAAUCACUUUAAAAUCUCUUAUAAGACCCUGUUUACAUCUCAUAUAAAUCAAAUUUAUAUCUGCUUCAAGUGCGUCUCAGACCACCUCCGUAAGUGGUGUGAGUAAUCAGAUUUGAAUCUAUUUUAAGUGUGUCUCAGACCACCUUAGUAAGUGGUUAGAGUGAUCAGAUGUGAAUCUGUUUUAAGCGCUUCUCAGACUACCUCUGUAAGUGGUUUGAGUGAUCAAAUUUAUAUCUGCUUCAAGUGCGUCUCAGACCACCUCCGGAAGUGGUUUGAGUGAUCAGAUUUGAAUCUAUUUUAAGUGCGUCUCAGACCACCUCCUGAAGUGGUGUAAGUGAUCAGAUUUGAAUCUAUUUUAAGUGCGUCUCAGACCACAUCCGGAAGUGGUGUGAGUGAUCAGAUUUGAAUCUGUUUUAAGUGCGUCUCAGACCACAUCCGGAAGUGGUGUGAGUGAUCAGAUUUGAAUCUCUUUUAAGUGAGUCUCAGACCACAUCCGGAAGUGGUUUGAGUGAUCAGAUUUGAAUCUGUUUUUAGUGCGUCUCAGACCACAUCCGGAAGUGGUGUAAGUGAUCAGAUUUGAAUCUCUUUUAAGUGCGUCUUUAAGUGUUCAAGAGAUUGGAUUUGGAUCUAUUUUAGAUGCAUCUUGAGUGUGUUUACACUGGCCUAACCAGAUAUAAUCCUAAUCCUAAUACUCAAGACGCAUGUAGUGACCAGGUGUAAAUGAGGUCUAAGACCAGAUUAAAUUGUCCAAUUGCCUAAUUACAGAAAAAUCUGAACAAUAGAGGAUUUCUUCUCAUUGUUUCUGCCCUGUAGAAACACCCAAGAUGGCUUCUUUUUCUAUCUUUUAGUGAAGUUUUGCUUCAACUUAAUCACUUUUUUAAAUGCUUAGCAGAACUCUCAACUGAUGCAAGCACAUGGUUUUUUAGCUUCUGAGCCGGGCCAUCAUAGAAACAAUGAGUUUAAUAGUGGUGUUAGCUGUUUUAAAGUGCCAGGUGAUUGUUGUGACCUUUCUUGUGUGGCUGUUCUGUAAAGAUUUGUAUCCUUAACAUUCGCCAAGCAAUCAGAGCUGAUGCUAACAAUAUGUCGUUUAAAAAAAAAGGCGACGAGUGUACAAAGCUGAUAUGAAAUUUUUAGUUUGAGUUUUUUUUUUUCUCAUUACUCAUUGCAAAGGGAGAUGUGUAAUAAGAGAAUUAUCGCAUUAAUUAAUUCUAUUCAUUCAAUAUUUACGACAAAAUUGUGUGCGUGAAUGAGAGCGGCAUCGCUUGCAUCACAUGCAUUACUUACAUUAAAAAAUGUUGAAAAACACUUUGUGGAACAUCUGGAACAUCCCUGGACUGCUACGCCACAACUGUUUAUACUGUACAUAUCAAUAUCUAGGAACUAGAAAUGACAAAACUGACAAACGAAAGACAUUUAGGAUAUUUCCACGUCAUUUGUUUGUUUUGUACGGUUUGUCUACUUUAACCUAUUGUACGUAUUUAAGAGAUGUUCUGUUUCCAGAUGUGUCCAGCAGAAGGCACAUCUGUCUCUUCUUCCAGGUUCUGUACUGUCUCCGCCUUCAAAGAUGCCUCCAGUCUCUUGUUUUCUCCUCCGACCAGCUUUGUGCCAAGGUAUUCCAAGGUAUUUCGUUCACUUAUAUGUACUUUCUUCGCUAAAUCCGCUAAAGACCUCUGCUGCACAUGCUCCCGGUGUGAAUGAAUGAUUGUACUCUUCGCUCAUCUCGUCUGUAAUGUAGACAUGCAUUACCUCAACUCGCCGGCUACUGGAGAGAGAGACUAAUUUUACGCAAACAGAACCCUGUACAGAUCAUUACGCUCAUCAUCUGCAUCUGCGCUUCUUCUCCGCCAACAAAAACUUCAAGAAACUGAUGUCCAUAUCUCUGAGUUUUGGACCCUCUGCUCAUCAUUGCCUGGCCUACGUUUUCUGCUGACUGCCGAUGCAUCAUGUGUUACAGUUAGCUUAGCCUGCUCAGUCGACUUUAAUCCUCUGCAAGUCUCUAUCACAGUUUGCAUUGCGUGACGAAAAAAAAAAAAAAAAGAAUAAAAAAAUGAGAAAAAAAAAGUGUGACCCAAACGUUUACAUUCCGAGUUUCAUGCAGUUUUCAAACACAAUUAAAAACGAAAUACAUGAAACCUA